GCCGCCUCCGCCGCGAUGUCGCCUCCGCCCGCCUCCACGGAGGAGCUCGAACAAGAACUCUCCGCCGCCACGAUCAGCAAGAAGCAACUGAAGAAAGACGCGCGGAAGGCCGAGAAGGCACGGAAGGCGUCGGAGCAGCAGCAGCAGCCGCCGCCGCCGCCUCAGGAGGAAGAAGACGACCCCUUCGCGGCAAACUACGGCGACGAGGAGAUCCAGUCCAAGGCCAUCUCCGGCAGGUCAUGGACCGACAUCGGCGACGUCGACGAGACCGCCGCGGGUCACUCCGUGCUGAUCCGCGGGUUUGCGCAGACGAUCCGCCCGGUCAGCAAGAAGAUGGGCUUCGUCGUGCUGCGCCAGCGCAGGAGCACCGUGCAGUGCCUGCUGGUCGCCAGCGCCGACGCCGGCGUCAGCGCGCAGAUGGUUCGCUUUGCCGCCUCCCUCACCAAGGAGAGCAUCGUCGAUGUUGAGGGCAUCGUCACCCCCCUCAAGGAGCCCCGCAAGGAUCUCACACAACUGGUGGAGAUUAGGGUCAGCAAGAUCUAUUGCAUCAAUAGGGCGAUCCCCACACUUCCCUUGAACUUUGAGGAUGCAGCGCGUACCAAAGCAGAAUUCGAGGCGGCUGAACAAAAAGGAGUGCCGAUGGUACAUGUUCACCAGGACACACGCUUGAACUAUCGACCUAUCGAUAUCCGGACACCUGCGAAUCUAUCAAUCUUCACUAUCGAACACCAUGUCGAGAGCAAAUUCAAAGAAUUUUUGUUCUCUAAGAACUUUAUCGGGAUCCACACUCCAAAGCUGAUUGGUGGAUCAAGUGAAGGUGGUGCAUCUGUAUUCAAGCUGGAUUACAAUGGCCAGCCUGCUUGCUUAGCGCAAUCUCCACAAUUAUACAAGCAGAUGGCUAUCUGUGGCGGUUUUGGCCGCGUAUUUGAGGUCGGUUCCGUAUUUAGAGCAGAAAAGUCAAAUACUCACAGGCAUCUGUGUGAGUUUAUUGGGCUAGAUGCAGAAAUGGAGAUCAAGGAGCACUACUUUGAGGUUUGUGAUAUCAUAGAUGGCUUAUUUGUAGCGAUAUUUGACCACUUGAAUGAACAUUGUAAGGAGGAACUCGAGGAAAUAAAUAGGAAAAAUCCAUUUGAACCUCUGACGUACCUAGCGCAAACGUUGAAGCUAACGUACGAGCAAGGGAUUCAAAUGCUGAAGGAAGCUGGAACCGAAAUCGAGCCUAUGGGUGACCUCAAUACUGAAGCUGAGAAGAAACUUGGCCGGCUUGUCAAGGAGAUGUAUGGCACAGAUUUUUUCAUCCUCUAUCGAUAUCCUUUGGCUGUACGCCCUUUCUACACCAUGCCUUGCUACGAUGAUCCAGCUUACAGCAACUCUUUUGAUGUCUUCAUUCGAGGCGAGGAAAUUAUUUCUGGAGCACAAAGAAUACAUACACCUAAACUGCUGAGGGAACGCGCAAUCGAGUGCGGAAUUGAUACGAGUACUAUCAGAUCAUACAUUGAAUCAUUCAGUUAUGGUGCACCUCCUCAUGGCGGUUUCGGGGUCGGUUUGGAGAGAGUGGUCAUGCUAUUCUGCGGCCUCAACAACGUCAGGAAGACGUCGCUGUUCCCUCGUGACCCACAGAGGCUCACGCCAUAAGUUCGGUUCCCCGGGUUGACAGCUUGUACACAUGCAUGCUGCCAUCAUGCAUCUUCACGACUCUGAUAGCUGGCAUGCAGCGUGGUUCAUUGCAUUGAGGUAAUGGCGUGGCCAAUGUGUUGUAACGUCAGAUAUGUGUAUUGGAGCUUCACAAAGAUACCUGUUGUUGAUAAUCAUCCUUGCAUGAAAAAAAUUGAUCUAUUUUUGCAA